UGGAAGCACUGGCCGCUAGCGAAUAAAGGAGCUUUCUCCAAAAAGAAACCCUAGCCUCCCGUCCUGAUAUUGAUUUAUCUCGCCAAUUACCAUAGUCGGGUUCACUUCUUGAAACUCUACCCGCAUCAACGACAAUGGCAAAGAAGAGAAAGCAGGAUUCCAAAGUCACCGAACCAACCGAACCUCCAAAAAAGCAGCAACAAAAACAGAAGCAGAAAGAAGAAAUUAUGGAACUCGUUCCGGAAGAAGAAGAAUAUGAGGAAGUUGAAGAAGAGGAGGAAGAUGGAGAAGAAGAGGAAGAGGUGGAAGAAGAAGAAGAAGAAGAAGAAGAAGAAGAAGAGGAAGAAGAUGAUGAUGAUGGCGAUGAUCAGAAUCAGAUCGACGAUGAAGAUGAUGAAUCUCUAGAUAAGCUUCUUGAACCGUUCAGUAAAGAGCAGUUAAUCAAUUUGAUACGUUAUGCAGCUGAUACUCACGGAGAUAUUGCAGAUCGUAUACGUAAGAUAGCCGAUGAGGAUCCCGUGCACCGCAAGAUCUUUGUACACGGCCUUGGCUGGGAUACGAACACCGAGACUCUCAUGAAUGCCUUCAAGCCUUACGGGGAGAUCGAGGAUUGCAAGGCGGUGUGCGACAAGGUCUCCGGUAAAUCCAAGGGCUAUGGGUUCAUCCUUUUCAAGAAGCGAAGUGGCGCUAGCAAGGCCCUAAAGGAACCUCAGAAGAAGAUUGGCAAUCGGAUGACAGCUUGCCAGCUCGCUUCCAUUGGCCCUGUCCCAGCCGCUGGUGCAGCCACUCCUGCACAUCAGCAGGUGUCUGAGUAUACUCUGAGGAAGAUUUAUGUGAGCAAUGUUGGUUCGGAUUUGGAUCCGCAGAAGCUGACUGCCUUCUUUGCCAAGUAUGGGGAAAUUGAGGAAGGUCCAUUGGGACUAGACAAGGCGACUGGUAAGCCCAAGGGAUUUUCUUUGUUUGUGUAUAGGACCGUUGAGAGUGCCAAGAAGGCACUUGAAGAGCCACACAAAAACUUCGAGGGUCACAUUUUACAUUGCCAGAAAGCAAUUGAUGGGCCUAAACCAGGUAAAUCUAUGCAGCAACAGCAGCAGCAGCAGCAGCAUCAUGUGCAGAACUCGCAUUUUCAGAGAAAUGAUAAUCCUGCUUAUGCUGGUGGAGUUGCUUCAGGGCCAGCCCAUUUGAUGGCACCUUCUGCCGCACCUGGGAUUGGUUUUAACCAAGGUGCAGGAGCUGCAGCGGCACCUGCUUUGAACCCUGCACUCGGACAGGCACUAACUGCCUUGCUUGCGACUCAGGGUGCUGGAUUAGGCCUCACUAAUCUGCUAGGGACUCUGGGCUCUGCAGCUUCUGUUAACCAGGGUGGUGUGCCUGGUGCAGCACCUGGAAUGCAGAGUGCAUAUGGUAGCCAAGCAAAUAUAAGCCCUGGAGUGAUUGGAUCAUAUGGAAAUCAGGGAGUGAUGCAGGGUGGAUACUCAAAUCAGCAGCUGGGCCAAGGUGGUUCUGGAAGAGGGCAUGGUGUUGGGCAAUAUGGUGGUGUUGCGCCUUACAUGGGUCACUAGAUUUCUUAUAUCCUAGGUUGAGUACGCAGCUGGGUGAAAAUAGUACUAACAUGCAGAAACAGUAUGCAGUUAGGUGAAAAUAUGUGAAAUGUUCAAUACCUGAAACCAAAAAAUAAAGAAAAAAAAGAAAGAAAAAACAGUCCGUGGUGAUUGAUUAAAAUUGUCUCCAUAUUUGACUUCUCCUCCCCUCACGGAGACUGGUUUCCUUUAGGUCUUUGAUGAGUAUUAAUUUAGCUUUAGGAUCCAUGGUAUUUUUACUUUAAACUGUCAAAAUUCUUUUGCUUGGAGCAUUCUGAUAUCUCAUUAUGCCUGCUAUUCUCAAAUAGUGUAUGACCAAAUAUUUUCAAGGCAUAAUUGCAUUGGUAAAAAAUGUGUUUCCAUUUUGAACUUGUUUGAUUUAAAAACUGAUUCAUGUUUCUUGGAGUGGCUGGGCCCGUGUCUUAAGAUUCUGCAUCAUUCUUGUCAUGGAACAGGUUAAAGAUCAAUAUGUUUUUUGGUCGAAAAAGCUCAGGAUUUGACUUGAUUAUUAUGCAACAUUAUUUUCUCAAGGUUUUUUUUAAUUAUUAUGCUUUAUUUAUAAUUACACCCAUAUUCAUGCAUUUAACUAGCAACGCUGCAAUUUAAGUGCACUGGUUGCUACAGUUGACUUGAGCAACAGAGAACAAGGUGAUUUCAUUGUUGUUCGAUGUGAGAGGUUGAUCAUCAUCUUCGUCAUCAUCUUCUUCCUCUUUUUCUUCCCCCUGCAUUCCCCCUCUUUUUCUUUUCCUUGUUUUCUUUUUCAUUUCUUUUAAAUUAAUUUUGCAACUGGGAAUUUAUGGCCUCUAAACACCAAAAAUCAGUGUGACAUAUACUGCAAUGUUGGAUUCUAGUUAUUGUUUUAGGGAAGGCAUGCUUUGAACAUAGGCAUAAUGGCUGUUAUGGCAGUUGGCUAUUGAAGAUUUUGGAAUACUUCAUUUUUAAUUUUUAUUUUGUUGUUGUCAAAGUCCUAAAUGUUUUGAGAAAGAUGUAUUAGGAUGUAAGAAUCCCAUAAUGAUGAAACCUUAUCGGCAUAGUUGCGAACGCAAAGUUUCUGAACAAGCAUAGAGGAUUCCAAGUGGAUGGUAUUUUAUGUUUGCUCCUACUGUUAGUUUGGGAAAGGCAUCGUAAACUGCAAUUUUCUUUUAAGCUUUGUUAAAAGCUGUAUGCGGUUUGUUUUGUGAUGUUGUGGUACUUUAUGGUAACUUGCAGUUAGAACUUAUGUGUCAAUGUUAUAACGGUCGUCUGCUUUGCGGCCAAAUGCAUAAAUAUUGUUUUGUCAUGUACUAAUAUGUUCUUCUCUGCAAAACCACCCCUUCCUACUCCCACUUUCCCCCCAGCAAAAAGGUUCUUAAAUCCAUAGAAUUCCUUAGGUUCCACAUCUUUAUACAGAAACACCAUUUUACCUUUCUUCCCAGCCCCCACCCACUAUAAGGGAUGCAUGUUCAU